CCAAAUGCUCUCUUCCCGCCAAUAACAAACCAUUUAACCAAAAACACGGUAUAAAUUGAUUAGAUUUAAUUCCAGCCCCCAAAUUUUUUCUGAAAAAGAUUUGAGAAGACUUAGAUCAUAAGCAAAAUGGUUGACAAAAUUCAAGAUUUAAAUUUGCCAGCCACAGUAGUUACACGGCUGAUCAAAGAAGCACUGCCUGAUGGUAUCAACAUUGGAAAGGAGGCACGGUCUGCAAUUGCUAGAGCUGCAUCUAUUUUCAUUAUAUACUUGACCUCAUCGACGGCAGCCGCGGCAAAGAAACAGAAGCACAAAUCAUUAUCAUCGGACAAUGUGUUCUCGGCGCUGGAGGAAAUCGAAUUUGAGAAUUUCAUUGAACCGUUGCGUGAGGCGUUGGAAGCAUUUCGAAAGGCGAACAAAGAGAAAAAGUCCAGCAAAAAUGAAAGCAAAACAACAAAUGAUGCGAACGCAACAGCUACCGCUGAUGAGGACAUGGAUGAUGAUAUGAAUGAAUCGGCUGCGCAGGAACCAACCGAUGGCACGGAAAUUGAAGAAUAACACCACCUCCACCACCACCAUCAUCGCCAC